UUUCCGAACUGGAUUCCUACUUUCUACAUUCUUUUCCUCAUUCCUUUACGACUAGUAUCCCAUCAUUGUGCGUGUGUGUGCAGCGUCGCGGCUUCAUGUUUGAUGGUCGGGGACGCUACCAGAUUGCCAUUGAACUGCAUUUUCAAUACGUCAGUCUGUACCGUUACGGCUAACUUCAACAUACUACGUUUUUACCGUUAACCCCUGACCGGUCAACAUGGCGUCGUUGACGGGCAUUGAGGUCGCCAAACACAAUAAACCAGAUGACUGUUGGGUGAUAGUCCACGGGAGGGCAUACGAUGUCACAGACUUUCUGCCGGAACAUCCCGGGGGGACCAAGAUCAUUCUGAAGUAUGCGGGCAAGGAUGCAACAGAAGAAUUUGACCCGAUCCACCCCCCGGAUACCCUCGAGAAGUAUCUGCCGAAAAAUAAGCACCUGGGCCCCGUGGACAUGACGACAGUGGUAAAGGAAAAGGCCGAAGAGUCUCCGGAAGAACGAGAGAGGUUACAGCGCAUCAAGGAUAUGCCCCUCCUCGAGCAGUGCUAUAACCUCCUCGACUUCGAGGCAGUCGCGAAAAGGGUUAUGAAGAAGACUGCGUGGGGAUAUUACUCCAGCGCAGCUGAUGAUGAGAUCACAAUGCGCGAAAACCACACGGCCUUUCACCGCAUCUGGUUCCGCCCGCGCAUCCUUGUCAACGUCGAGAAAGUAGAUUUCUCCACCACCAUGCUCGGCACCCCCGUAUCCAUCCCGUUCUACGUCACGGCCACGGCGCUCGGGAAGCUGGGACAUGUCGAGGGCGAAGUGGUGCUGACGCGGGCAGCAGCAAAGCACAACGUCAUCCAGAUGAUCCCCACGCUGGCCUCGUGUGCCUUUGACGAGAUCGUCGACGCCGCCUCCGGGGACCAGGUGCAAUGGUUGCAGCUGUACGUCAACAAGGACCGGGCCAUCACGCAGCGCAUCGUACAGCACGCCGAGAAGCGGGGGUGUAAGGGCCUUUUUAUCACGGUGGAUGCGCCGCAGCUGGGCCGCCGCGAAAAGGACAUGCGCAUGAAGUUCACGGACCAGGGGAGCAACGUGCAGAGUGGGCAAUCGAUCGACAACAGCCAGGGCGCCGCCCGCGCCAUCAGCAGCUUCAUCGACCCGGCCCUGAGCUGGGAGGACAUCCCCUGGUUCCAGUCCAUCACCAAGAUGCCCAUUGUUCUGAAGGGCGUGCAGCGCGUCGAGGACGUGGUCAAGGCGGCCGAGGCGGGCGUCCAGGGCGUCGUGCUGUCCAACCACGGCGGGCGGCAGCUUGAGUUUGCGCGGUCCGGGAUCGAGAUCCUCGCCGAGACGAUGCCCGUGCUGCGCGAGCUCGGGCUCGAGAACAAGCUCGAGGUCUACAUUGACGGCGGCGUCCGGCGCGCGACCGACAUCCUCAAGGCGCUGUGCCUGGGCGCCCGCGGCGUGGGCAUUGGUCGCCCGUUCCUGUAUGCCAUGUCGGCGUACGGCCUCGACGGCGUGGACCGUGCCAUGCAGCUGCUCAAGGACGAGAUGGAGAUGGGCAUGCGGCUGAUCGGCGCCCGGAGCGUGGCGGAAUUGAACGCGAGCAUGGUGGAUGCCAGGAGCCUGUUCACUCAUGCCGCGCCCCCCGUCGAUAUGCUCUCGCACGCCGUCUACGAUCCCCUGCAUAAUCCGCCGCAGAGGUCGCCGGUCAAGGGGGAUAAGGCGAAGUUGUGAGAAUUUGUGGAGGGUGCGGGCUAUUUACCUGGGCUGAUGUACAUAACAAUACCCCCCUUGUUUGUUCGUUGGCUUGGUACUUCGAGUAGGAUACAUUCAUGAAUAGAGAAAGAGAAAGAAACCAUGAUAAGAAACAACUACAUAUCUUACUCGAAGGCUUUCAGGUCUAUAAAGUCUGGUUUCAGUUUAUGUUGAAGUUCAUGAGUACUGUAGUGGGAGAAACGCCAAUCGGGGAGGAGCUAUUCGUACUUGCUCACAGU